AUGAUAUGUUCCCAGUUCAUUCUAUUGAUCUCCAUCAUUUGCAUAUCGGCUCAAAAAAUAUCAGGUGACGCGGGAAUGGAAGAUGACACGGUUAAUCAAAAUCCGUUCAACAUACCAACAAUCAAUUGGGAAGAUAUUUUGAAAAACAUUCCAACUGUGGAACCUAUUGCUCUUCCCACUUUGGAUCCGAAUUUUUGGCAGAAUUUACCGACGAUUCCGCCAAUCGUUUUGCCAACAAUUGAUCCCAUGUUUUGGAAUAAUUUACCGACAAUUCCGCCAAUCGUUUUGCCAACAAUAAAUCCAGAUUUUUGGAAGAAUUUUCCGACAAUAUCGCCUAUUCAGUGGCCAACACUUGAUGCAAACUUUUGGAAAAAUCUGAAUCUUCCGACUCUACCCCCAUUACAAAUACCAACUCUAGAUCCAAACUUUUGGAAAAAUCUGCCAACUAUUCCCCCAUUUGUUUUUCCGACUCCGGCGCCUCGAGAAUCUCAGUGCACCUAUAAGCUUAGUCAGGAACUUCAGAACAAUGCAACAAUGGCGGCAAGAUUGAAUUACAUGCAAGUUGAGCAAGUUCUGAAUCGUCUGUUAUUGGAGUCCACGUGGAUCUGUAAUGGUUUUCAGACACAGAAGCUGACUGAUUUGACGAAAAAAUACGCAGUGUUGCAAAGUGAUAUGCAGACGGUAACUUCUUAUUUCUCAACUUCUGAUCUCCAGCAACUACUUUUAUCGAUUCUACAAGGCGAUACAAGCCAAGUUUUUCGGCUAUUUUUCUCGAAAACAAUGGAAAAUCUGGCGAAUUCUACAAUCACUGGCGAGCUUUCUAAGGCGUCCACACAACUAUCGAUGCUUCAAUUCGACUUGGCUAUUAAUACGAUUUGAUUUUAUAUAAAUUUAAAUAAUUAUUUCGAAUAAACUUGAACAAAGACC